AUAAUUCCAUCGCCCCUAUUAAGUCUCCACUUUGCCACCUGGUUUCUAAGAAUGGAGGCUUACAUACAAGCCUUUUGUCUCUCCCACUUUUGUUCCCAUAAACUUUCAUCAAUAAUCUCUCACCGAAUUCUCUGACAUCAAUCAUUCCUUCAAAUUUUCAAUCACAUAUCUCAAACUCCAAGUUCCAAAGCGUAUAAGCAUGCUGUUGAGAACUUCUUCAACCCCAAUUCUCAAUUCUUGGCUUCACCAAUCCAAAUCCUCCCCUUCAGAAUCAGACCAAAUCCACCAGCUUCAAAGAGCUAAAUCCAUCUCGUUAAUAUCUUCUUUUCACCCUCCUCCACCCUCUUCAUCGAAUGAAUCGCCGAAGAGAGUAAUCCAAAGCUUACUAGAAUCAGAUUCCGCAGAUCCCAGAAGGAAGAUUCCCCUACCCAAGUGUUGUAAAGUUCGAUCAAAAGUGAAAUCCAGGGAGAAUGGUGUAUCAGUUCGAGAUCAAGAUCUCAAACCCACGUCAGAUUCCUCUUCGUCUUCGAUUCAUGGAGUAUUUUUUAAUUCUGGGUUGGGUUUGAAAUUCCCAAAUGAUCAGGUUUGUGAUGAGAAGAGGGAUGCAUGUGUUCUGCAGACGCUGGUAGUUGGCGGCGGAAUGGGGAACGACGGCGGCAGGGUUUGUGGCGGCGGAAGAGGUUCAGACGGUGGAGGUGGAGGGGAUAAUGGUAGGUCAGGGUUUAACAAUCACCAUGGAAGCAAUAGCACCGAUGCUUAUUAUCAGAAGAUGAUUGAAGCGAACCCAAACAAUGCUCUUCUACUUGGAAAUUAUGCUAAGUUCUUGAAAGAGGUUCAUGGAGAUUUUUCCAAAGCAGAAGAGUUUUGUGGAAGAGCUAUUCUGGCUGACCCAAAUGAUGCAAGUGUUCUAUCGCUUUAUGCUGAUUUAAUUUGGCGUACACAAAGGGAUGCUCAACGAGCUGAGGCCUAUUUUGAUCAAGCUGUUAAAAGUUCGCCAGAUGAUUGCUAUCUCCUAGCUUCAUAUGCACGGUUUCUCUGGGAUACUGAUGUUGAUGAAGAAGACGAUACGGUAGACCAGUAUGAAACAGAGGAAAGUCACAUGUCGCAGUCCGGUUACUCUCAUGGAGCUCCUCACCAUUCUCCUCUGGCUGCAGCUUCCUAAUCUCAUCAAAUACGUAACAUCUACUUGCCACUGUAAGAUAACUUCAAUAAAGUAUCAGCUCAUCACCACCUUUUUGCUGUUAGUAUAUAUAUGUAAUUUUGGUAGAAUGGAUAUGAUUCUAUGACUGUAACCCUUUCUAUAGCACAUCCUAUGUAAAAAGUUCAUCAAUAAAUCCCUUUUGUAUAGAGGAAGAUUUAGCAUUAUCUUCUAUUUUAGCACUUCUUUUACCCUUGUGACAAAGUUGCCAAUCUGAAAGGAGUCCAAGACUGUUUGUCAACGACUGAACGGUUUAGAUUGGACGUGAGUGUACGAGAUAUCGAUCCCGAUAGGAGUACGAAGAGCUAUGUGUUUGGUUAAAGGAUGAACAAAGAAAUGAAGUUGCUUGUGUUUAGUCCUUGAAUUGGCUUGCAAAUUGUAAUAAGAUCUUUUUCUUGUA